GAGAGGGGAUUGGUCUCCGUACUGAUUCGACCGUUGGAAAUAAAAGUGCUUAAUGUGAACCCUCAUUUUUGUUAAUAUCUCUCGGAAAAUCUCUCUGAAAAACACUACUCUCUCUAAAAAUAUAUUUCUAAUGGCGAUUGCUGCGGAGGCCCAGCCCCAACAGAAGGCGAGAACAGAUGUAUCAGGGGCGGAGAAGAAAAGAUGGACGCUUAACGAUUUUGAUAUAGGAAAGCCACUUGGGCGUGGAAAGUUCGGUCAUGUUUACUUAGCCAGAGAAAAAAGGAGCAAUCAUAUUGUGGCUUUGAAGGUUCUGUUUAAGAGUCAGUUGCAACAGUCACAGGUUGAACAUCAGCUCCGUCGUGAAGUUGAAAUUCAGAGUCAUCUUAGACAUCCCAAUAUAUUGCGCCUUUACGGUUACUUUUAUGAUCAGAAACGAGUUUAUUUGAUAUUAGAAUAUGCAGCCAAAGGUGAACUCUACAAAGAAUUGCAGAAGUGUAAAUACUUUAGUGAAAGACGUGCUGCUACUUAUGUUGCGUCAUUAGCCAGGGCACUGAUUUAUUGUCACAGCAAGCAUGUGAUACACAGAGACAUCAAGCCAGAGAACCUGUUAAUUGGUGCACAGGGUGAGCUCAAGAUUGCAGACUUUGGUUGGUCAGUGCACACUUUUAAUCGCAGGCGUACGAUGUGUGGUACAUUGGACUACCUCCCACCAGAGAUGGUGCAAAGUGUAGAGCAUGAUGCUAGUGUUGAUAUAUGGAGCCUGGGUGUUUUAUGCUAUGAGUUUUUAUAUGGCAUCCCCCCGUUUGAGGCCAAGGAACACUCAGACACAUACAGAAGGAUUGUGCAAGUGGAUCUGAAGUUCCCUCCUAAACCAAUUGUCUCUUCUGCUGCAAAGGACCUUAUUAGUCAGAUGCUUGUCAAGGAUUCUGUUGAGCGACUACCGUUACAUAAGCUACUUGAGCAUCCCUGGAUUGUUCAAAAUGUUGAUCCCUCUGGCAUCUUUAGGGGUUGAAUUGUCUUUAUAAGAUGCUGUACUACUUCAGGGGAAUCAAUGGUGUGGGAUUUUGGAGAAGAACACAGAACCUUUUGGCAAGGUCUAUGAAUUUGUGAAGAACCGGAUCACAGGGUGACUUGUAUGAGUUAAUUGCCCAUGUUGUCUCCAAGCUCUGGUGAACAAAAAAACAUUGGUUUAUUAUUUUAAUAUAGAGCCCAUAUUCUUUUCUUU